GCAUCCUUUCUUGCAACUAUAUUAGCCGUACCAUUGUCCAUGGUGCCAACAUUUGAAUAUCGUAUGCCUUUCGUUGUAGCCACAUUUACAUGCUUUUUAUCUUGGGUAAUGAACAUUAUAUAUGUAUGUCUUUUAAGACAUGCUAAAAAUAGAAAUCGCACAAAGGAAGGGGCUGCAUUUUAUCAAGUAGUUGAAAAUAAAACGGUCCAUUGGAAUGCUAUAUUUACACUUUCCGACAUCUUUUGGUGGUCAUUAGUUGUAGGAGUUUUAUUCGGAUCUUGCGUAAUACCGUUUCUCCAUUUAUCCAGUAAUAUAAUAAAACAUCGAUAUGAUACAACGGAUUUAUUGGCAUCAUGGGAUGCAUCUAUAAUCAUGUUAAUGCCAGUGGCAGUCUAUCCAUUCUUGGGAUUAUUUUUGGAUAAAUACGGACACCGAUUAUCGAUUUUAAUAUUUGGCUCGUUGGCGUUCUUGUUUACCUUUUUACUAUUGCUGGCACCUCCAAGCAUCGUUCAUCCAUUAUCACCGAUUCUUCUUUUUGCGGUUGCCUACUCCAUAGUUCCACUUACUAUGGUUACUCUUAUCCCACUACUUACAAAGCACGUGUCCACUGGUCUUGGACUUCAUAAAAGUGUAGACAAUCUUGGUGCUACAUUAUUUCAAACAAUAACUGGCUUGUUGCUUGAUGCGCAAGCAACGAAAAAGACAUAUAUUUUAGAUGAAAAUGGUGUUGAAUUAGGACACGAAGAUGAUGAUUUAAUUGCGUUGAAGAUGUUUACAGUUUUGAGUUUAUUGGCUGUUUUGAGCUGUUGUAUAUUUUGGUGGGCGGACAAAAAGUACAGAGCAGGGAGUCUCGACUCAAUAAAUACUGGUUUUACUCACGAUAUUCAUGAUAAUAUGGAUUACGGACAAUUACGCGAAAAUGAAGAGGUAAACAGUGAAGGACGAAUACUCUCAAUGAGCAUGAUUGAUGAAACUACCCUUUCAAAAACAGCAAUAGCAAAUAAAAAGAAAAGGACCACAAUGUAUAUGUGGAUAAUGGGCCUGAUGCUUUUUAUAUGUUGGGUUGUCUUUGGAGUUGUUGCUUAUGAGAAGGCUGGAGUACAUGCGACUGCCAAUGCUAAAUUAGAUAGUGCAGUUGGUGGGGAAUGA